GUCACUAGUAGGAAACGGACAAGUGAUAACAGAGUGGAAGUGGGUGGACAUAUCCAGUUUGCGUCUGCGACACAUACGUAUUACGUAGUAAUAGGCUGACAGCUGUGCCUGUGACUGAGUUACUCCCUGCCACCUACGCCACGGGCCACACGACACACCGACUUUAACUUCUUACAGUGUUGUGUGAGAGUGAGUCGAGGUAUACCCGAGUCGAGUCAUGGCGGAUGAGGGCGAUGAUGGAUGCGAUGAUCCAGGCACUCCCCCAAGGGCAGUAAAGAAAGUGAAAUAUUCUCAGAAAUAUUCACCUAACUGGGAAUCACUUCCGUUGUUCAAGGGAUGGCUGCAACCGAGUGUAAAGAGUAAAAAUAGAGCUUAUUGCAAAGCCUGUGAUUGUGAACUUAAUGCAAAGAAAUCCGAGCUAGAGAAACAUGCAGGUGGACAAAAACACAAAACUAAUGCCAGUAGUGCUGCCAAACAACCUACCCUAUUGUCAAUGUCAUUUGCUAGAGGACAUUCAUCACUGGAUAAGGAGGUAAAAGAAGGUGAAAUAAGACUAGCAGCUUUUGUUGCAGAACAUAACCUACCUAUGAGUAUCAUGACACAUUUACCCCAACUAAUAAAAUGUGUAUGUAGUGACUCUCAGAUUGCUAAACAUAUUGCAUGCAGUAGGACGAAGACUACUGCAAUACUCAAGAAUGUAAUUGGUGCAACUAGCAAGGAAGAGCUGAUCAACAAUGUAAAGACUCAAAAGUUUUCAAUUAUAGUUGAUGAGUCAACCGACAAAGGUUGCACUAAACACCUGUGCCUACUUGCACGUCUGAUACAUGGCGGUGAAGCUAAUGAUGUUUUUCUUGAUUUAGUCCCUGUACAGGAAGGAAGUGCUCAAAGCUUGUAUGACAGCAUUGUUAAAGUAUUUGUAGAUAAUGGGAUUCCCUACAAAGAGAAUAUGAUAGGUUUUGCAUCAGAUGGUGCUAACGCUAUGAUGGGUGCUCAUAAUUCCCUGUCUUCUCGCCUUGUGACUGAUGUCCCUAAUCUGUUCAUUAUGAAAUGCAUCUGUCACUCAUUCCAUUUGUGUGCCUCAUAUGCUUGCAUGAGUCUUCCAAGGGCAGUUGAGCAGCUGACAAGAGAUGUAUAUAAUUAUUUUAUGUCAAGCCCUAAGAGGUUAUCAGAGCUGAAGGAAUUCCAAGAUUUUGUGAAGGUUAAGCCGCACAAAUUGUUGCAUCCCAGUCAGACUCGCUGGCUGUCCCUUCAGGCUGUAGUGUGUCGGGUUCUAGAACAGUAUGAUGCAUUAAUACUUUAUUUCACUGAUGCUGCAUUCUCAGAGAGAAUUAUGGCAGCAGAAAAGAUCUUGCAUUACUUGAAAGACCCUACAAAUAAGUUGUAUCUUCAGUUUCUAGAAUUCAUUUUGCCUUUUUUUACUGACCUAAACAAGAUGAUGCAGUCUGAGAGGCCAAAGAUUCACUUGAUGUAUGACUCAGUGUCUGUUGUGUGUAGGACCAUUAUGGAUUGUUACAUAAAAAGGGAUCAUCUACAGAACACUGCAGUUCAAAAUGUUCAGUACAGAAAUCCCUCACACUUUCUACCUCUAAAUGAGAUUUACUUGGGAGGUAAAGUAACAGCAGCUAUUGCACAAAACACUCAUGGCUUGUCUCGCCCAAAUCUAGAGGAGUUUCAAAAACAUUGUUUAAACUUUCUGGUUGAGAGUGUGAGUCAAAUUUUUAAAAGGUUUCCCUUCAGAAAUGCAGUGUUUAAACACCUGAGGCUCAUUGAUUCCAAAGUAGUGCUGAAAAAAAGUGAACCAUCCAUUGCCCCACUAGUCAGCUUACUUCCAGGAAUCAUUGAAGAAAAUAAGUUGAAUGAGAUAGAUAAUGAAUGGAGACUACUUAGGAAUACAGAUCUUGAAGUAGAUGCAAGUAUUGACACAGAAAGACUCUGGCAAACCAUUGCGGAGAUGAAAAAAGGAGAUGGAUCACAAAUGUUCCCUCAGUUGUCUUAUUUCGUUUCUUCUGUAUUUUGCCUUCCACAUUCAAGUGCAGCUGCUGAGAGAAUAUUUUCACUAGUUAACAACAUGAAGACCAAGCAGAGAAAUGCACUUUCCACUAAAACAUUGGUUGGAUUGCUCCAUACUAGGCGAUAUCUUGAAAGAGGAUUUUUGUUUUAGUUUCCUGUAAGCAGCACCCUUCUUCAACGCAUGACCUCUGAUAUGUAUGAUUCAGAGUGAUUCAUGUAUAUGAUAUAGGAUUAAGGUUAACUAAUCAAUGCAACAUUUUAGUUUAAAGUUUUGAGAAGUGUACUACCUAUGUUUUUCAUUAUUGUACUUAAGUUUUCAGAUUAAAAGUGUGUUCAGCAUAAAUAUAAUUGGAUCUUUUAGUUAACUAUGCCAGUAUCCUAUUGUCCAUACUAAAAGUAGAAAGAAAUUGGUAUUUUUUUUUUAGCUAUAACUCAAAUAAAACUCAAUUAAAACCAAACUUUUUGAAAUGGGAAAAUUUUCUCCAAAAUGGGGAAUUUUGGUACUCGGAUUUGGGGAAAUGUGAGUCAUUGCAUCUGGCAGCAGGGUUGCCAUGUUUGUCCUUUUAAGGACAGUCUGUCCUUUUUUUAGCCUGUUUGUCCUUAAGUUUUCUUGUAAAAAAGGACAGUCAAAAUCUGUCCUUUUCUGUCCUUUUUUCAGCAAAAUUUAUUUAUUUAUUUGUUUAUUCAUUGUGAACCACGGAUCCGGUCAAACCUUCAAACACGCAGUCAAUAAAUUUGUUUCUGCAACUUCCUAUCUUUUAUUGUUUUAUCAUAUUUGUUCUUGUGUUAUAUGAAAAUAAAUCGAGCAUAUUAUAAACUUAUGAUUUUUCUGUGGGAUCGCAGACUGGUAACUAUAAUAAGCAACCGGCAACUCCCUUAAAAAAGCGCUCCCACUCCCAGCCUCCCAGUCUAGCCUAAAUGUUGUUAAAUUUCAUAUAACCCUGCAAGUUCUCUCUCUCUCUCUCUCUCUCUCUCUCUCUCUCUCUCUCUCUCUCUCU